GUUUAACGUCGACAAUUACAAAAUCAUUUUGCAUUUCUCAGACUUCUUCCAACAAUUUAACGUUAGUUUUGCCCUUUUCCUUAUUCUCCGUCGAAACCCUAGACCGGCGGGGGCCUUCGGCUUCAAGAUCGGGAGCUAUAGCGUUUCCCUCCGGUUCAACUCCGACAAUGCACCGGGUUCUUAGGUGCCUGACAGCGAGACAAGGUUUCCCCAUUGCCGGAGCGGCGGCGGGAGCCGGCAUUCCCCCACCUGUGGAGGCCCUGGUCGGGAUUUCUCAAGGUCGAGUUCGUCCAGGACUCGUGGUUUCUGGUGGUCAUAGAACCUAUUUCGAUGAGACGAAUGCAGCCCGUCUGCGUUUCUCGACUCCCCUCCAGCGGGUUCCGGCGGCGAAGCUGUUUGAAAGGGGUGGUUAUUUGCGGAGUGUCACGGGGUUUUUGGGGGAAUCUCAGCCAAACCGUUACAGUCGUCUUAAUGAAUCAAAUUUCCUGCAUAGGAGGAAUGCAUUAUUUUCAAGCUCCAGCAACAAUGGGGCUGUUCAAAAGCAGCUUUCCAGGACUGAGAGUCAUAGUCAGCUUGAUAAGCAGAAGCAAGAGUCAAGUAAAGAUCAAGUUGCAGAUAUACAAAUAUUAAAAACACUUGCAAAAUAUUUAUGGUUGAAAGAUAAUGUUGAGUUCCAGAUGCGUGUGCUGUUAGCCGUGAGUCUUUUGAUAGGAGCAAAGGUUCUGAAUGUUCAAGUUCCUUUUCUAUUUAAACUUGCAGUAGAUUGGCUAUCUGCAACAGCUGGAUCUAGUGCCAGUAUUUCUGCGUUGGCAGCUUCUAACCCGGUAUUCUUGGCACUUUUUGUGAGCCCCGCAGCAGUUCUAGCAGGAUAUGGGAUUGCACGGACUGGAGCCUCAGCCUGUACUGAACUACGUAAUGCUGUCUUUUCUAAAGUAGCUCUGCGUGCCAUUCGCACAGUGUCUAGGAAGGUGUUUUUCCAUCUUCAUGGAUUAGAUCUUCGGUUCCACUUGAGUCGGCAAACUGGUGCAUUAAGUCGGAUUAUCGAUCGUGGCAGCCGGGCGAUAAAUUUUAUUCUAUCAGCUAUGGUAUUUAAUGUUGUUCCGACAAUUCUUGAGAUAUCAAUGGUGUCAGGUAUUCUGGCAUACAAAUGUGGAACAACAUUUGCAUGGAUUACAUCUUUGUCUGUUGCAGCUUAUGUUGCCUUCACUCUAACUGUGACACAGUGGAGAACUAAGUUCAGACAGGCCAUGAAUAGAGCUGAUAAUGAUGCAGGUACAAGAGCAAUUGAUUCCCUGAUCAACUAUGAGACUGUCAAGUAUUUCAAUAAUGAGUCUUAUGAAGUGGAAAAAUAUGAUGAACUUCUGAAGAAAUAUGAAGACGCUGCUUUGAAAGCGCAAAGCAGCCUUGCUUAUCUGAAUUUUGGCCAGAAUAUGAUUUUCAGUAUUGCUCUUUCAGCAGCAAUGAUACUAUGUGCCAAUGGCAUCAAUAAUGGGGUGAUGACUGUUGGUGAUCUGGUUAUGGUUAAUGGACUUCUCUUCCAGCUUUCUUUACCGCUUAACUUCCUGGGUAGUGUCUAUCGUGAAACCCGGCAAAGCCUUAUUGACCUGAAGUCCAUGUUUCAGUUACUUGAGGAAAAACCUGAAAUAAGUGACAAACCUUCUGCUAAACCUCUGGAAUUGAAUGGAGGCAUUAAAUUUGAAGAUGUACACUUUGGCUAUCUAACAGAUAGGAAGAUUCUUGAUGGUUUAUCACUUGAGGUAGCUGCAGGAAGGAGUGUGGCGAUUGUUGGCACUAGCGGCAGUGGUAAAUCAACAGUUCUUAGGCUUCUAUAUCGGUUUUUCGACUCUGACAGUGGAACUAUAAGGAUAGAUGGCCAGGACAUCCGAGAUGUUACACUUGAGAGUCUUCGUCAGUCUAUCGGUGUUGUGCCACAAGAUACUGUAUUGUUCAAUGACACUAUAUUCCAUAACAUACACUAUGGGCGACUCUCGGCAACUAAGGAUGAGGUUUACGAUGCUGCUAGACGUGCUGCCAUACAUGAGACUAUCAUGAACUUUCCAGAUAAAUACAUGACAAUGGUUGGAGAACGUGGACUUAAGUUAAGUGGUGGUGAAAAGCAGCGUGUAGCUUUAGCUCGUGCAUUUCUCAAGGCCUCCCCCAUUCUACUAUGUGAUGAAGCAACCAGUGCUCUGGACAGCACAACAGAGGCAGAAAUAUUGAAUGCAUUGAAGUCUUUAGCUUCCAACCGGACUGCCAUUUUCAUUGCUCAUAGACUGACAACUGCGAUGCAAUGUGAUGAGAUCAUUGUUUUAGAGAAUGGUAAAGUAAUUGAACAUGGUCCUCAUGAAGUACUUUUAUCAAGAGCCGGACGAUAUGCACAGUUAUGGUGGCAACAAAAUAGUGCCGAUGGAAAUGAUACAACUACUAAAUUGGACGCAUAGAAAUUUCUGUCUUUUGGGCCUAUGUUGUCAUUCUUGUAAUCUAUUCUUGGAUAACUUCAUGAAAGGUGUUCUUUCAUUUUAUUUGAUAUAUUGUGGAGUUGCUCCACAAAAUGAAAUUUGUAUAAAUCCUUCUGUACAAUAGUGAAUAAUAAGUAUUGGUAAAGCCAUCAAUAAAA